UGCAGGGAGCCUGGAGACUUCACUUUAAAAAUCAAAUAACCUUUGGCAGACAACUUUUGCUGACAAUUGCACAUGAAUAAUGAGAAACAGGAAAAUCAUGUCUUGGUAUCUGUGCAGGCUGUGCAUCACCUUGUCACAAACAUAAUGAUCACGUGACUGGGAAAUUCAGGUUAAAUGACUACAUGCUGCCCUGGGUAUGUCACUGCCCUGGGUGUAUAAUGUCACCACCCUGGGUAUGUAAGCCACACAACAGAACAAAAUAUAUGCAGACAGCAAGAGAAACAGCUGAAAGUGUGACUGCCAACUGCAAGCAGAACAGAGCGAGAAGAACUUGACAGAUAUCAUGUGCAGAAUGAAGACGGCAAGGCUUCAGGAUUUGGUAAUGAGCUGUAUGGAUGAGCUGGUUGAGAGUGUGAAUGAGACACGGCGGAUAUGUAAAGAUUUGCUGAACCAGGGUCUGCUGAGUGAGGACAAACACAGGACCAUUGUAGCAGCUCCAAGCACUCAGGAUAGAAUGAAGCAGCUUUUGCAUGCUCUGUGUAGCAAAGGACAACAGGGGAGAAAUGCCCUGUACAGACUACUACAAGAACAUGAGCCUGAGCUUACUCUGCAGUUGGAGCACGCUGUAUAUGUGCAUGUGGUGAAGCAGAAGCUCAUUGAGUCAGUGACGCAAGUGGAGUCAGUGGCCAACCGAAUGCUCACCCAGGGCCUGAUCACGGAAAAAGAGUACUUCCAGGUGUGUGAAGAGGAAGGAAGCGAGGUGAGGAUGCACGCCAUGUUCAGAGUUCUGGAGCAGCAUGGGAUGAAACAGAGUGACGGGUUCUACAAUUUGCUUUUCCACUGUGAGCCUUUACUGUACCGUGAGCUAGAAAAAGACAGAGUGUUUCAGAUGUUUGAAAUGGACAAAGAAAAUAACAAAGUAGUGCACCUUCUGCUAGAAGAGAGGUGGAGAGAGCUGGAAAGCAAAGAAAAACAAGUGGAAAAAGAGAAGGAGGAGCUGAGGAAGGCAAGGAACUGUUUAGAAAAACAGCAAGCAAAGAUAGAUCAGGAGAGAAUGCAGGUCCUUGAGAUGAAACUUGAACUCGAAGAAUUCUGGAGAAAGCAGGAAAGAUGCUCUUUCUCACUGGAAAAAAAGAGCAGAGUAUGAAAGGACAAUGGGAACACUUGAAUAACAAUGGCUACCCCGUGCCAGUGAAUGAGAAAAACGUCUUGUCGUUCAACUGAUUUCUGAUUAAUGAACUGACAAAAAAAUCAGACUCAUAAUGUACACAUGCUUGACAAAGUUAUAGUGUGAUAUUUUUAUAUUUGCCUGUAUAAACAUUAAGAUUUGUAAAGUAUUGUAUAUAAGUAUUGUAUGCGUUGAUUUUUAUUUAUUCAUAUUACUAAUAGGUUUUCAGAAAAAAAAGAGAUCAACUUUCCAAGUUCUCCAAAACUGACAACUGACUUCAGUAUAUUUUUUAAAUCCACUGAACAAACAUACUGUAAUUACUGCUAAAAAUCAAUGGAUUAAAAUAAUUAUGAUACUAAUUACUGUAUAAUCUUUGCAAACUGUAUUUAAUGAAACUUAAUUGUAUUGAAAAAUUAUCAGUAAUUUAUUUGCUUAGGCAAUACAUGAGCGUCACUUUGUUUUGAAAAGUGGUGGGGAUAAAAUAUGGGGGUGGAAAGUAGUAAUAUCCUACAAGAUGAAAGAGACUUUACUCUGUCAUUGU